CCGGCACGCGAACCUGUUGAGCUAAGAGUCAGUACCCAGUUAACCUAGCCAGUCCAGGUCUACCACCCCCGGUAUGCAAAGUGAGGAAACACGGGGCUGGAUGUUUAAUGGUUCACAAUUAUGGUUUACGUUCUUCCUGGCCGAUGAAAGACAGGUAGUCAUUACUUCGGGCUCGUUUACUGUUGCCACAAAAAUAGUGAAGAAUAUAUGAAAGCUUUUAUUCUCGAAAGACAAAGCCUCUUCGCAUUCAGGUGUAGCACAGUAGGAACGAAUUCUUGUUUGAUUCCGUGUCCAAGGUCCGGACUAUUUAAGAAGAAUCGAAGGAAAGCCUAAGACACGAGUGGAAGUAGGCAAUGAAGAGUUCUUCAGGGGUUGGUUUGCCGAAGCCACCGAGGUCACCAAGGGUGGCUGAUGGUCGGGUGGUGGCAGCAGCGAGGUUCCUUCUCGAUCGGACAGAGCUUGCGCGUAAGGUUCUGUCGUUAGUUGGAGAAACUCCCACGAGGUCUGCGGCGGCAGGCCCGAGCAUAGAAAUCCGGCCAGCAUAUAGGGGAGGACUCGAGCCUACUCCCACCCUCGCUCGACUCCAAAGCAACCCCCAGCUAAGCUCUCAGCGCCAGUUGUGAGCUUCGGGCCGGCUGGAGGCGAUGCGUGUCUCGCGUCCAGCUUCCGUGCGCUUCCGUGCGUUCCCGUGAGAAUCGCGUUGGUGCCAUCCCUCCAAACAAUUCGGACGCAAAGCCAUGAGAGACGUAUGACCUAAAGCGAGAGGACGAGCCAUGGCAAGCAGCACGGAGGACUACGGAUCCGAGCUGCAGGAGCUGCAGUGGGGCAGUAGCAACGGUCCCAAUUUCCUGCGAAGUGGUUCGCAUUUCCCGAGGAGCGGAUGCUACGAGGCUGAAGAUCUCGAAUCCAGCAGACAUCACGGGACCCAGCAUCGGGGGUACUACAGUCCUCCUGGCACCAGCUACACCAUCGUCGAGAGGCCCCCGAGCGCACCGCAUCAUCAUUCCUCGCAUACGACUCCUUAUAGACAUCGAGGACGCGCUACAUCCGGCACCGGUGCUGGUACAGGUGCAAUCUCACCGGAGCAGGUUCUCAGGCUCUUCGGCAAUGGCGUCUCUAGCGAGAGGAGGCAGAACGGGAGACGCACUCCAGCCUCGAGUCCUGCCAGUGUCGCCAUAAGGAGUUCCUCUUCCCAGCAGAGCCAACAGAAUCCUCAGACUCCACCGCCGCCACAGCCCCUCAGCCUCCAGGAACUCACCGUCAGGACAAUCACCAUGACUAGAGAUCCUCCGGAGUCUCAUCAUGGCUUUGGUAUUUGCGUAAAAGGCGGAAAGGAUGCUGAAGCGCAGUCAGGGGUGGGCGUCUAUAUAUCAAGGGUCGAAGAGGGUUCGGUGGCCGAACGUGCUGGACUCAGGCCAGGAGACACCAUUCUAGAGGUCAACGGGACGCCCUUCCGGGCGGUCACCCACGAGGAAGCACUCAAGAUGCUCAAGUCCUGCAGAACUUUGAGCAUGACUGUAAGAGGUCCUGCUCUGGAUCCGCGAUGCAGGGGAAAUCAUCCUGCGUGGUCUUCGUCGGGUCGACAGCAAUCUUGCAGCUGGAUGGACCGACAGGGCCGACCAGCCUCGCCUCCUCCGCUGCAUCCGCGCGAUUCUCGUUACGCGCCCAGGACGCGAAAGGUCGAGCUCUGCAUAGAACCAGGCCAAUCUCUUGGGCUGAUGAUCCGAGGUGGACUCGAGUACGGACUUGGAAUCUAUGUCACUGGGGUCGAUAAGGAAAGCGUCGCGGACCGAGCAGGAUUAUUGGUAGGCGACCAAAUCAUCGAGGUCAACGGCCAGAGUUUCGAGGAAGCUACGCACGACGAGGCGGUGCAGAUCCUGAAGACAAACAAGAGGAUGAGUCUGCUGAUCAGGGAUGUUGGCAAAGUGCCACACUCCUGCACGACCAGUCAACCCAUGGUGUUACCAGCCUCAAGGUACCAGGAGCAUGAUCCUCUGCUCCUGGAGAGUCUUGGGAACCACGAGCCACCCACGAGUGCUAGCAGCAACGACUGGAGACCCAGAGGACUUCACACGGUGUCCUCGGCGACCGCUGCCAUGGUCGAGGAAAAGGCUAGGGUCGUCCUGGCCAGGAGUGAAAGGGCGGCUCUGUCGCAGCUUCUCGCAGACUACAGAACACGCAGGAUCACCGUCGAGGAUCUCGUCUCGAGUCUUGCCGACCUUCUGAAUACUCAUGAGAAGCUGACGUUGCUCACUGAAUUGCGAGAGCUAGUCGACAGCAAGGACAGAGCUGCUUUCGAUGAUCUAGUCUACAGGCCACGGGCUACUUUAAGCAGGAGAAAAGGUGACAGGGCGCAUUCCGACCUCGUAGUGACACCUUCGCUCCACGAUCUUCCGAGGGGUGUUUCCGGGGGUUGUUGCCGACCGGGACGACUGGUGGACAUCGAGGGAGAUCCUCUGGGAGUGACGGGACCUCUCCUGUCCAGGGAUAACCAGGAGUAUAGGUCGCCGAGCGAGGACAGCGGUCUCGGGGCUGACAUGCCCAGGACCAGAGUGGGCUGCAGAAGAGGUCAGCAGCAUCAGGUCGCAACCUCUGACCUCGCCCUCUCCAACGAUGACGAGUGUGAUAAUCAGGACUACGAGGACGAGACAGGAAACGACCGCGGUCGACGUCACAGUUCACCAGGAGGCUCUCGGGGCAAUUCCCGGGACUAUCCUCAUCAUCAUCUUCUUCCUGACAAUUUGGAGAGCGACGGAGGGUGCGAGGGUAGCGACGCCGAGAUGAUCGGUAAUGGGAGGCGAGGCAAGAGGGAUCGGGACCGCGAUCGUAAUCGAGAUCGUGAUCAUGAUACGGAGGAGGAUGAUGACGAAGGAAGGGAGGAGAGGAGCUCGGAGGGUGUUGGAGGUGGGGGUUUUGGUGGUUGGAGGUCACACCUCCUUGGUGGACUGACCCAGCGUGUCAAAUCCUGGUACUGGGGCGCCAGGCCCCUCGAACUCGCGCACAAGCUGUCACGGAGCUUCGACAUGCAGGAGGCGCAACUUUUGGAAGAGAGUGGAUCCGGAAGUGGAGCAGCCGGAAGUGGUGGCUCGGGUGGACCACCCCGGAGGCACCACAGUGCUCAGCGGUUAACCAGGAGCGAGAUGUCCGAGAGGAGAGAGGAGGACGGUGCCCUGGUGGUUCCUGAUCAUCAGGGCAACCUGAGAAUCACGGUCAAGAAGACCAAGUCCAUUUUGGGUAUCGCCAUUGAAGGUGGAGCCAACACGAAGCAUCCUCUGCCGAGGAUCAUCAAUAUUCACGAGAAUGAAACUACUGUUUCAGGACAAUGGAGCAGCUUACGAGGCCGGUGGACUCGAGGUUGGUCAGCUGAUCUUGGAGGUCGACGGUCACAAGGUGGAGGGACUUCAUCAUCAGGAAGUGGCCAGACUGAUAGCCGAAUCAUUCGCACGGCGGGAUCGUAACGAGAUCGAGUUCCUGGUCGUCGAGGCGAAGAAGAGCAACCUGGAGCCGAAGCCUACGGCCUUGAUUUUCCUAGAGGCGUAGCAAGAAUCUCCCACCUCCGAGCCGGAAGUAUCCUAGCUUCGAAUCCCGAAGCCAAUUCGAGAGUGAUUCCUCAGAAUACAUGAAAAACGCUAACGGAAGAAGAAGUAUUGAAAAUUAUUAAAAAUCAAAGAAAAAUUACUCUCUGGCUUCUGGAUCUGACUGAAUCUCCAACAAGUUUACCGAUUCAACUGGCCCAGGUGGUGGGAAGAUUAAGACACUUGUGUCGGCUAAUUCGACUCAAUCUAGUCGCUAAGCGCUGAUUAGAGAACACGUGUUGUCAAUCGUAUACCAGCGAGUUCCGCAGCGAACAAAGUGGGUAUGACGAAUUGAUGCUACAGACGGGAAGGAUGGAAUUAACACAGGACAAGCUGCACCAAGGAAGAGAGAAAGAGAGAGAAGAAGGAGUGCACGCAGUUUAAGUGGAACCGGCCAAGAAUAAUGGCCGAAGACGUUGAUGGUUGGUUCGCCUCAGUAUUAGACAUAUUCACGAGAAGCGUGCACUGUGCCAAAGUAAUUAGCGACGUUUCACGUGAAUAUAUACAUACGUAUAUGUACGGAAAAUACAUAUAGAUCCUCGUGCGUUACGUUUAAUCAAUGAGUCUGUUAAUGCGAACGAUCGGAGAGUGACGGCAGUGCGCAUGCGCGCACGCGACAACCACGACUUUUCGCUAAGAGAUUCACGAUGCAAUUCACUGUUGACUAAUGUGUUACAAUGGCGCCGAAGGAUUAAGGUCCUUGCUCCGCUCCGCGCAGUCAUCUUUUUCUUUUUAUCUCGCGAUCGAACGAUCGAGCGAUCCUCCAUAGAUUUUUUGGUCCUAAGGAACAGUUAAAGUCGAAGAGCGGAGCAAAGUCGUUUAAUUCUGUCGAGCGAUAAUUAUAGACUUAUUAUGGGAAUUGUUGAGGCUUAAAAAGUAUAUAUAAAUAUAUAUACCUAUAUAUAUACGUAUACGUAUAUAUAUAUAAUUAUUACCGAAAAUUCUCGUAGUGGAAUGCAAGUUAUAAAUAUAUGGAGUGUUCGCAAUUCGUGAAGAGGAGAACGACUAGUAUAUAUAUAUACAUAUAUAUAUACAUAAUAUUUUCAAAAAGUAACACGUAGUUGUGCAUAAUCUAAGGGUUACUACAGGCCUGGUGAAUCGGGUCUAAAAUUGCGAUACGAUCCGGUGAGCUUCUAGCUUAUUUUACAAGAGGAUUUCCAAUGUUUUUCUUAGUUUUGGGAAAAUCCGAAUUCGUUGAUAAUCGUUUAGGAAUGUUCAAGCUCAUCGUGGAUCGUAGCGCUCUUUAGGAGGAUUGCGUGUAACGGUACUGAGGCUGCUCAUGGUACUCGAUUGGUUUAGAAAUUAGAGGAGCCACGCAUAGGCGAGUUCAAGGUAAUAAGACAGAUACGCAUGCAAAGUCAUAGGCGGCAGGCAGAGACACUGGAAAAGACAGAACUGCACUGUGAAAAUAACUACAACCGUGUAUCUUAGAGGAACUUAGAACUGUAAAGUUGGUAAUGUGCCAAAACGUAGUGAGUAAACGAAAUUGAGAUAAACUCGAGAAGAAGAUUGCCCGAAGAGAAGAGGAAAUGAUGGGAAAGUAGGCCGAAAUAAAAAUUGAAGAAAAAAAAAGAUGGAUACGUAACACGUAAUGUACAGUCUGUGCCAUUUCGGCUUUUAUUCUGAUUCUUUUUGUAGCACGCACAAUAAUGGCAUAAUAAGAGAUGCACCGCUUUUAACCGUGUGACGACAUGGAAAUCAUCAUUAUAGAAUGUCGGGCGGGUCUUCGUGUACAGGAUGGCCGGAACGGAGACCCGAAAGGGGAUAAUAAAGAAGGAUCGAUCGACGGCUGAAAUAAUGUAGGAGAAGAUCAAAGAAAAAUAGAACCGAAGAAAGAAAUAAAGACAGGCAAACUAUUUCCGAACAGAUUUUUUUAAAAACUUCCAGCCUCUGGCUUCGUUUCGGGUCCAGUCGGUUCUCGAGAAUGGGACGAUCCUAUCAGCUGGGAUGCAUAAGUCCAAUAUUUUUUAAACGGCUUUCGAAACACGCACUCCGGGCGGCCAGAGGUUCAGCUGACAUAUCCGACAAUGCCUUACUGCUUUGCGUCUUGAUAAUUGAACUGUUGAUCGGACGACGAUCGACGAGAAUCCAAAAUCGAGAAUUCAUUUGUCCCGGAUAGUCCCUCGAUUCGCCCUUACCGAUUCUUACGAACGAUCCUUGAGGCUCUCCAGUCUCUGGAGCUCUCUUUGGAUCCUGGAGAUUUUGAGGUGGGUCAAUGUCACGAGUGCACUGGAAAAUUAGGAAAGGAGGAAUGCACGUAAACAAAAAGUUUUUUCUAUUCUCACUGCGAUUAUUCGCGAUAAGCACCGGUCAAAAAAUCGAUGCACACUUGAAAACGAAGAUUCGACCAUGAUAAAAAACUGCAAUGAUCUCCAAUUCCGAGAAAGAAGAACGACAGGUGGACCUGAAGUGUGCUGGACCGAUCGCAGCUUCUCUCGUCGCGUCAACCUUCGCCAUUCCUAUGUACAGGCGAGAUUCUCUCGAUCGAUCACGAUCGAUCUCUCGGUAGAUUCAAAUAGACAAGUAGUGCGUAACCAUACAAAUAGAGAAGUCUAGUAGAUCAGAGGAAGGAUAAAAGGUGCGAUGAACCCGUUAGAGAUUUAGCAAAUCGCAGCUUGAAUCGUAGCGAAACUUUAGCAAAGUUUAUUUUUUCAAAAAUAACCCCACCUCCCACCCUCUCUCCCUCCCCAUCACCCGCUCUCUAAACGUACCUGCAUACAAAAAAAAAAGACAGCCUGACAAGCCAAUUACAACAUCCUGUCCAACGAUUAGUUGGAAUUGCAUGAAUCAGAUGAAAAAAAAAAAACUUUAUCGAAGGUCCUACCUAGGUCCUCCCUGAUUUUUAGGGAUGUCCUGGGGAUCCUCCCCAAUAUCAACCCCUUUGAUUCGACCCUCAUCACACCCAGGCCCUCGCUCACGGCAUUCGUCUUAAUCGACCGUCAAUGCCAAGUCAAGAGAACGAAGAUACUAAAGAACACAGAAGAUUCCACGUAUUCUCAUCUUUUGUCCCGGACACGACGUGACUCAUGCGUGAUGCAGAUUAAUGCAAAAAAUAGAUAAAGAUAAUCUAUAAUUGCGAAGAGAGUAACCGUUUACCUGUUUAACGGCGUCUCGUGAAAUUAUCUAAAUGAUUGUGCGCCAGGUCGUCGUAACAAGUCAAACAACAAAAACUGUACAUACAUAGACAGUUCGUUCAUACGCAUUUCAUAGAUCGUUUUUUGCAGUCCAGUUAUACAAUCACGCGAGACGUAUAAUAUUCCAAUGGAGGACGGGUUAAGAUUACAAAGAUUGUACCGCCCGCCAUUGAGAAUCCUCGAAUACAGCGAAUUGGAGGAAUAAGGCGCAUCGAAACUUUUCAUGUGCAACACACGGAAGUUCAUAUUAUUAUUAUUAUUAAAUAAAAACGUUCACCACGAA